CACGUCAAAGCUUACUUCAAACCUAGCAAUGGACCCGGGGCCGCACCAGAUCGCCAAUGUGCGAAACCUCCCGAGACCGAGUCGACAACCGCUCUAGGCCAUCGACGUGAGCGUGAAGUCGUUCGAGAAGGGGACCAUCACGUUGCCCGCGUACUGCGGGAAGCCCUCGAUGCCCGACAGGAAGGGGACCGAGCCCGGCACCUGCGCGGAGCAUCGCGGUCUCGCGACUCGGUCCGAACGGCCUCAAAAUCGAAAAGAAACCAGCCACGACCGCGGGACGCCGAGAUCGCACGGUGGAGGCCGAGAGCAUGCCCAUGAUGCCGAGCAUCGCCGCGCGGCCGUUGAGGAUCUCGCACUUGAGGCCACGCUCCUUCUGCUCGGCGGUGCGCUUGGUGGUGAACCCAAAGGGGUCCCAGAGGUUGAGGAGGAAGUGGCCGCCCGGGCCGCCCUUGCCCUUGAUCUCGGGGUAGAAGCCCGGCUUGCCGCCGCGCAUGUAGUGGACCUGUGCGUAAUCAAAUUCUCGCGGCGCGUCUCGGAUUAUGGCCUCCACGCCAUCGACGCGACGCCUGCUCGACGGCGUGGCGGUACCGGUUCCUCACCGCGCACCGAGCCACGACGGCCGCGUCGUCGCCGAGCCAUGACUUGGUGAAGAAUUGUCGGGUGUGAUUUCCACACGGUAAGGAACGUAGCCGUCCGGCUGCGACGCGCCCUCGCCGUACGACUCGAGCAUGCCGACGAGCACGAAGAUCUGGAGCUUGCCGUAGAGGGGGAUGUUGUCCCACUGCUCCUGCGGCGUGCAGCCCGCGACGUAGCCGCGGUACGGGAGGAACUUGUGCUCGCCGGAAACGAGGGGCGUGCACUGCGCGAUGAAGCCGAGGAACGCGGCCAUGGCGAUGCGGCCGUGCUUGAUCUCGGAGUGGCGGAGCCAGCCGAUCGUGGCCUCCUGGCCGACGCCGCCGUCGGCGUUGCCCUGCAUGCCCAAAGCGAAGGACAUGUCCGAGAGGCCGAGCGGGUCGUAGAAGCCGGGCGGGCCCGGGAUCGAGUUCUGGAGGUCGACGAGGUCCGACUUGGCGUCGGCGAGGACCGUCUUGGACGCGGCCGGCGUCGACGGCGCGACGAGGGCCGACGCCACGGGGGCGAGCGCGAGCGCGACGACGAGCUUCAUUUUAACCUGCGGGGACAUUAUGUCGCGCACGGCGCGCGGAGCGACGGUCGCGUCUCCGCCUCGCAGCGGCUCUCGCGGGGGCACGGCGAGGCCGCAGCGCGUCCGCCUCGCAGCGGCCUCUCGGCGAGCGCCGCGGUAUUCGCGGCGGCCGCGGCUCCAGCCUCCGGCCAGCACUCGCAGUUGAUGCGCGUUGCGCUAUGAUACCGAGCAGUGCUAGGUAUGCAUAGGCCGCUCGCGGCAGCAGCGCUGCGAUAAGCUGGGACUGGUGACGUUCGAACUCGCGUCCGACCGCCGCCGCGUUCGCAGCUAUCGCUUUUUUUUGCACCAGAUGCUAGCGCGAUGCUGCGUUCUGGCCUCAGCGAUGCCACCGCGAACGCUUACGGCGCGUUUGGCCCUUUUCUUGGCCGUCCGGCGCCGAACGAAAGAUGGCGGAGGGCGGAUCCAAGAUAAGCAGCUCAUCCGCUGAUGCAGCAUUUGCAGCGAGCUUGCAGCGGCGGCAUCUCGUGCAUGAAGGCGUCCCUCACGCUGAUUUUUUGACGAAGACUCCGGCUCCUACUCUUCCUUGAUGCACAAUUGAUCGAGGCUGCUGAUGAGGACACGAGCACGCAUCCUCGUCGGCCGCGGAAAAUCAGGGAGGCGUCGCUACACGUCGUGA